GUCGAAAUUAUCUACAACUUCAAAGUUAUGACUGUCAACAGUGACGUGAGAGCCAAGUCGCGAGUGCGACGACUGUUUGUUUGAUGACAGGGAAUAUUUCGUUUUGCCCACGUUCACUGCCAGACCCAUUUGCUUCGCUGCCAUAUCCAUUCUGGAAAAAGCAGAAAUAACGGCGCGGUUGUUAAAGCCAAUGAUAUCAAUAUCACCAGCAUACGCCAGCAGCUGUACACUCUUAUAAAAGAUUGUACCUGCUCGAUUAAGUGCUGCAGCUCGAAUUAUUUUCUGCAGAAGUAGGUUGAAAAAGUCACAGGAAAGGGAGUCAUUUUGUCUGAAACCUCGUUUGGUAAUGGAGCUUUUGAUGUUAUUCAAUGUCAGUUUACACAGCCGUAUUAGUUUUGCGGGGAUACCAAAUUCAGACAACGCAGCAUUAAGGCAACUCCUUUUCGUGCUGUCAAAAGCAGCUUUGAAAUCGACGAAGAAUGCUUUGGGCAUCGGUUACUAGAUCACCUCCUUGGGUUCUACAAGACUAUGCUCCGGUCCUGAAACUUUCUGUUAGUCGCCGCAUUUUUUCCUAGAAUUUUCAAGCAUUACCCCUGUCAACCAGCUUGUCAAGCUCUUCGUACUCACUCAUUGCGGCCUCUCUCUUUUUCUGUCUGCAAAUGUGUCCCUCUUCAACUCUCGGUAUCUAUCCCAUCCCGCACGUGUUGUGGUCGAUCGUAACGCUGCGAAGCUGGCAGUCUGUGGCCUCUGUGAUAUAAGUAUUUGUGAUAAUCAUGAAUAAAAUUCAGGAAAGACAGAGUUGUUAUUGGAAUAUCAUUAUAUUUAAUUUGCUUGACAGCUAGAUGCCGCUAUUAGAACUAAAUCCAUAGGUUUUUAAGGUAGCCGUAAUCUUCCAUAAGCGCUUGUAUAAAUUUAACAGUAAAACAAACCGUGAAGGAUUGAUAUGCUAAGUGUAGACGUCGUUAAAUGAGCACCUUAAACGGUGAGCGCGGUGGACGCACAACGGAGAUUGUUACCGACGAGAACAUCAAAAAAGUCCACAAAAUAAUUUUGGAUGACCGUAAAUUGAAAUUGUCCGAGAUAGCAGGCAAUCUAAAGAUAUCAACUGAACAUGGACAUCAUAUCAUUCACGAAUAUUUGUGUGUGAGAAAGCUCCGUUGAAAGUGCCUGCCGCGCGAGCUCACUUUACACCAAAAAACAACGACAAGUUGAAGCAGUGUUUGGAGAUGUUAAAGCGGAAAAGAUCCCAGUUUUUGUGUCGAUAUGUGACAAUGUACGAAACAUGACACCAUCACUACACUUUAAAGUUCAAUCGACAGCCAUCGGAAGCAUCAAUGAAUGAUAUCGCCGAAAUCCAUCGGAACAGAUGUCGGUGUACUCAAAUGUAUAUUCGUAAUCUGUGUAACCUGCUUUAUAGCCGCAUAAUCAAUAUAAGCUUAUCUAUUUUGCACCAGGUGUUAACAUGAAUGUAUAUACAUACACAUAUGUAUAUUGUAUAAAGGGGGUUUCUGAAUGAUGACUAAUGACGUAUAGGCUAUAUCUACUCGAGCCCUUAUCUACAACAACAGUGAAGAAUUGGAGUGGCCUCAAGUGCUCAAAGCGAAAUAGAUACAAUAAAACAGAUAACGACAGUUUCGACUUUUCCGCAAAACUUUAUUAUUAUCGACAUACAUUUUUAGUAUAAAUCGAAAGCUAAGCGUAGAAACAACGCGCAAACGAAAGCUGAGAAUAUCUAGGAAAUACUAGAUAAAUAAAAUAAAACUACGAGUCUAUUCAAUUGUGGAAUACUAAAAAUAAUUUAUCCCCCUAGUGCAAAAGAACACUGAAUAUGGGAAGAAUUAACGGACUUUUACUUGGCACGCUUGUGCUACUCGCAACAACUAUGAACUACAGCGCAACCGCUCCUGCUCAUGAUGCUCCCAUAAAAUUCGACACUGCAAUUGAAAACACUGUGUUUGAAUUCUACGUAAAUCUGUUCAAAUACUUAUCCCAUUCCUUGGUUAAGACUAGCGAACUGUUGGAAAGUGUUUUAAAGGAUGACACUAUUGUGCCGAAUAACAACAUUAACCGGACUAAAGAACAAUUACAAGACUACAUUGCUGAAACUACGGAGUGCCUUAAGCCAUUACCAACAAAUAUGACGACAUUGGAUGGUUUCCUGUAUAUCGUCGCCAACAUACACACAAUAAAUUUGUUCGGAGACAUCGUGAAGCGUUACAAUACCACCUCGCUGCCGACACCCACCGAUGAGGAUAGACUAAUUGAGGCGGCAUUGAAACGCCAUGGCCUGGACGAGUUGAUAAAUAAUUUGAAAAUCCGUAAGACGGAAUUUAUCAAUGAAUUUUUGCGCACAAUGGAUAUUGUUGUCACAGAUCUGUCGGAGGAGGAUAAAAUUAAAAACCACAAGCUGGUGGAAUGGUAUCAGAAUUAUCGAAACUCCACAGAAGAGCAAAGAGGAAAUGAUGUUUUUACACAUUUUGCACAGAUGUUUGCACGAUUUUGAAAGUUGAAAAUUGUUUUUAACCAAAGUUGAUGAUAUGAAGUAGAAAAGAAUUUCCGCUACAAAAAAUAAUUGCGAUUGCCAACCAUCAAAGCGGUUAUAAUCAAUAAAUGAAUCAUAUUUGCAGAUAAGAAUGCUCGUUAUCGUUAUGGGCUUUGUGGGGCCAGUCUAUUUAAUGCUAAGUGUGUGUUGCAUACACAGCUGUUUAAGUUUAUCACUCACCAGAUGUACAAAUGGUGUGAAUAUUAGAAGUGACACCUUGUCAUGUAGUUGAAAUAUAUUAAGAAAUACAUAAUUAUUUAUUGUUUGACAUAUGUA